UCUAUUGAGGUCCAACAAGUGUUCAUUUCUACCCUGUCUCUCUUCCUGAUUUUUGAGAAAAAAAAAAGAAUGCAAGCAGUCUAGACUAGAUUGUUUCAGGAUCCUGACAAAGUCACCUUGUUCCUUGCUGUAUUCACUUGAAGUUUAGGACAGGUCUCACUCACACAGAGGAACCUGGAUCCCACUCUAAAUUUGUAGAUUGGCAUUCUCCCACGUGAGGUACCGCUGGAACUAUCUCCUGGUGUAGCUUGAAACAGAAACUCAAGUGGAAAUACUGCAAAUGAUCAAGUUUGAAAGCCAACAGUUCAGCUGAACACAUCAAGCUCUUGCCUCAUGAUCCAAAUGAAAUCAACCCCUUUUCAAAUACUGAGUAGCUAGAAAUCUAUUUCUCAAAAUGAAAAGAACUGGUUUCAAUUUGAGGACAUUGGAGCAUAUGUCAUCAUUUUUGUCUUAUACCACCAACCAUACAGAUGCAUUCAAAUGAGUGCCCUAGUGACACACCCCUACAAAAGAUUUUCUACUUCCUUAAAAUUCAAUUCAGUGCACUAACACUCCGACGUUUUACUAACUUUAAACUUUUCUUCUCAUUUCUUAAAAUAAAUUUUUGGUUAGUUGUGGUUGACAAAGGGUCACAUUAUCACGUGACUUUAACAUGGGUUGAAUGAAGCUCACGUUAGAUUCUCGCCAAUGUCAAAUUUCCAUCUCUUUAGAGAAAAAACAGAGGUAGACUCAAUUUCAAGAUGUAUUGCCAGCAUUUCCUUUCUGUUGUGCAUCCUCCUGCUUCUGUUCAGUGGUUGAACUCUUCACUUCAUGUACAACAGCAGUAGCAGCAUUAGUAUUCGAACUGUGUUCUUCCUGUUUGUUUUUCAAACCAUGUUCGUUUGCGUAUCUCUCGAGCAAGGGCCUGAAGAUAUAUACUCCGCUGGUAACUCCGACUAAAGUUACUACAAACAGCUGAUGAAAAGGCAUCCUUCCUAUGAAGUCUAUGAAGGAGGACAGCAUUUUGUCAGAAAUUGUCAGAAGUGACAGGCGUUACUCACUCUCGUCUGCGUAAAGACUGGGUUCUACAAAUAUAACGCCUUGCUGAUUUUGAUUUCAAAAUGGCGGUAGAGGAUGUGACCAAGCGAAAACAGGCUCCAACCACUCCUCUAACCAAUAAGUUAUCUCCUCAGUUGUCUUCUAUCCGACAAUCAGAAGUGUCUUGUGAAUCGUCAAAUGUUAUGUUUGUACCAGAAAGGUAUCUACUAGCGGGGUUACUCCUUUUCAGGCUUGUUAAUGCAUUUCUCAUCCAGACAUUUUUUGUGCCUGAUGAAUUCUGGCAGGGACCCGAAGUUGCGCAUAGAAUUGUAUUUGGAUACGGAUAUUUAACGUGGGAAUGGAGAGAAGGUCUUAGAGGCUGGAGUUUUCCCUUGAUCUUUGCAACAAGCUAUAAAUUCUUGGCACUGUUUGGAGUUGACACUGCUAAGUUCCUUGUUGUAGUUCCAAGACUGGUACAAGCUUGUUUUGCAUCCUGUGGCGAUUUGUUUUUGUACAAACUAGCAGUGAGGAGGUUUGGUCCGCAAAGUGGAAUAUGGACGCUCAUUUGCUACCUGAUCUCUUGGUUUACAAUUUAUUGUGUGACUAGGACAUUGACAAAUUCUUUGGAAACUGUGUUGACGACAAUUGCCUUGUACUAUUGGCCAUCGACCCACAUAAGAGACAAUGAUAAUAGCAACGAAAUCAGCAAAGCUCUUAGCUUUGCAGCCUUUUCGUGUAUCAUCAGACCAACAGCUGCCAUUAUUUGGAUUCCAUUAUGUGCAAUGUAUUUACUAUCAUCACCAAACAAGUCAUUGUUUAUAUUUAAGUGUAUUUUUCCAAUUGGAUGUUUGGCCAUGCUGUGGUCUCUUGUCGCGAACAGCUGGUUGUAUGAGAAGUGGACACUAGUGGAGGUCAACUUUGUCAAGUUUAAUGUCAUUAAUGAUAUGGGGACAUUUUAUGGAAGUCACCCAUGGCACUGGUACUUUACUCAAGGAUUUCCUGUUGUGAUGUUUACUCACUUAAUUCCAUUUGCCUUUGGUGUUUAUAAAGCCAGUCCAAGACAGCAAAAUUUGGCAUGGCUUAUCUUAUGGACCAUAGUUGUCUACAGCUUUCUUGGCCACAAGGAAUUUAGGUUCAUUUUUCCAAUGGUCCCUUUGGCAAUGUGUUACUGUGGGCUCUUUGUAAGCUCUCAGUCAGAUAAAAAGGAAAAAACCUCUGAAGGAGAUUUAGCAGCAGUCCUUAGACCUGGAUGGAAAACUAAGAUUAUAGUAUUUUUUCUGGCCAUAACCAAUAUCCCAUUGGCCCUGUACACAAGUACUGUUCACCAGAAGGGAACUGUUGAUGUUAUGGAGUAUAUUCAAGUUGAGAGCUCCAAACUGAGAAGCAAUGAUGACAUGUCAGUGUUAUUUCUGAUGCCAUGCCAUUCAACACCAUUUUAUAGUUUUGUGCACAGAGACAUAAGCAUGAGGAUACUGGAAUGUCCUCCAAGUGACAAGCCAGGCUACAUUGAUGAGGCUGAUCAGUUUUACAUGCAUCCAUCAUUGUGGUUGUUAGAGCACUUUGGAAACUCUUCAGGGCACCAGGAAGAAGUUCGCCUUCCAACACACAUUGUUCUAUACAAUGUGCUUUUACCAGAUAUAUCAGGAGUUUUAGGAGAUUUCCUUUACAGAGAGUGUGCAACAUUUUUCCACACUCAUUUUCCAGAAGGCCGUAUUGGAUCAGAAGUUCUGGUUUACUGCCAUCAGAAAGCAAUGUAACACACAUCCUACACAAUGUGUCAAGACAUGACAUGGUUGCCACAGACAUCACUUUUCAAAUUUCUCUGACUUUUCCCUGAUAAAAAUUAUAUAGCACUUCCCUGAUCUGACCAAAAUAAUACAAAUAGACUACAAAUGUCAGAUCUAGUUGCGGCUUCUGGCGUAAACUUACAGCCGUCCUGCCUUCAAGUUAUUGCGCCUUUCAAUAACAUGUGAACUCUAAAAUUCAAAGCUCAACCAACAAAUGCGUUUUUUG